AUGAGCGCUUGGGAACAAUGGGGCAAGAAGAAACCUACGAAUGGACUUCAAGGAGCACAAGAUGCAUUGCAUCAUCUACUUCAGGCUACUCCAUUAUCUACUGUAUCGACUAGAACUAUUGAAAAUCAAGGACAAUCGCUUACUUUUUCACUACAAACAAUGUGGAAUUCAACACGAGACUUGACUAAAACUAUGGUCACAACAUCGCAAAACUCUACAACAUCAGAUCCAAUUACAAGUAUGGAAAAUGGACAUUUACAUGAUAAAGUCGAUGAAGCAACAGUCGUGCAGUGGCCACUGUGGAGAAAGCACGCGAGUCCUCAAAAUGGCCUCAUGCCGACAAUGACUUGGAACACCAGAUUCAAAUACUUUGUUGGAAUGACGAUGCUUGGAUUGUUAUUUUUUGGCAUGGCUUCGCUUUUCUUGCCAUUGAUUAUGAUUCGUCCUUCAAAGUUUGCGCUUAGCUUUACAUUGGGAAGUAUUUCUUCCAUGAGUGCUUUUGCUAUGCUCAAGGGUCCAGCUGAAUAUCUAUCUGGACUAUUACAACCUAAUCGACUACUUUUAACUAGCGCAUACUUUGUAACACUUGGAUGCACUUUGUAUAGCUGUUUGAUCAUGGGGAAUUACAUUUUUGUUGUUUUGAGCUCGGUGCUGCAACUUAUGACUCUAGGGAUGUUCGCAUUGUCAGCGUUUCCUGGUAGUACCUCGGGUUUUAAAGCUUUUGGUAUGUUGUUUUGGAAAUCGGCUCGCAAUAUGAUUCAAGCGCUUGUUCGUUUACUUCGGUAA